AGAGAGAGGGAGAGACAGGCACAGAGGAGCUGAGCUGGAAAUAUAAAACAGGUGAUGGUUAAGAUAAACAGCUUGAAUAGAGUAUUUCUCUGAUGAACUGGCAUCUUACUACUGCUCUGCCUUUUUAAGAGCGUUAAGUGCCUCCACUGCUGCAGUCAGACCGACACUCAUCUCCUGAAUGCACCAAGACUGGACUCAGAAUUUUCACAAGAGUACGUAAAGGGACUUUGUGGGGAACUCCAGAGAGAGGAGGACAAAAGAAAAGGAAAGCCUUUUAGGACACAGGACACACUGGGACUCAGUGUGGUCCAGGCGAGGUAAGAUGAAUCUGAGCAACAGUCAGAAUCUGACUGUCAGUGGACAGGAUUUGACCAGAAAUGGCAGCAGCAGCAGCAGUAAUAAUCUUACCCCCACCAGGAAACCUAAACCACCCAAGCCGGAGAAUGCCAUCACCAUCGCUGUGUCAGCUCGAGUCCUCUUCAACAUGGAGAGGGAGCAGCAGAUCUAUGUACAGCAGGGCAUGGAGGAUUACAUCAAGUAUCAAGUGGAGCAUGAAACGGAGCCUUUCAGACCCGGACCUGCCUUCUCCUUUGUCAAGGCACUAGAAGCUGUGAACACUCAACUGAGGGAGCUUUACCCCGAGGACGAGGAGCUGUUUGACGUUGUGCUCAUGACCAAUAACCACGCAUACGUCGGCCUCAGACUCAUCAAUACCAUCAAUCAUCAUCAGCUGUUUAUUGAGCGCUUCUGUAUGACAGGCGGGAACAGUCCUAUAGGCUACUUGAAGGCCUACCACGCUAACCUGUACCUGUCUGCUGACUCGGGCAAAGUUCGAGAAGCUUUGGAAGAAGGGAUAGCAGCAGCCACCAUGUUCACCCCAGAGAAGAUGACGGAGGUGUCGGAGACGCAGCUGCGCGUCGCUUUCGAUGGUGACGCCGUCCUCUUCUCCGAUGAGUCCGAGCGCAUCUACAAGGCCCACGGCCUGGACAAGUUCUUUGAGCACGAGAAGACCCAUGAGAACAAGCCUCUGGAUCAUGGGCCUCUGAAGGGCUUCCUGGAGGCGCUCGGUAAACUGCAGAAAAAAUUUUAUGGCAAAGGCCAGCGCAUGGACUGCCCCAUACGGACCUACCUGGUGACGGCUCGCAGUGCAGCCAGUUCUGGCACCAGGGCCCUAAAAACUCUGCGCUCAUGGGGUCUGGAGAUCGACGAGGCUCUCUUCCUGGCGGGCGCACCCAAGGGCCCCAUGCUGGAGAAGAUCCGGCCGCAUAUUUUCUUCGAUGACCAGAUGUUCCAUGUGGAAGGGGCCGCAGAGAUGGGGACAGUGGCAUGUCACGUGCCCUAUGGAAUCGCUCAGAGAGUAACCAAGAGAGGAACCGUGGACAAACAGACCUUUUCAGCACCCAAGUGACCUGAGCACCAGACAGAAGACUGAAGGGACGUCAGUCUUUUCAUUUCAUCCCCAAACUAAAAACCCCUUGCUUAGAAAGCAACGGAGGGGGUUGCCAUUCUAGCAUAUCAUUAUUUAUUCACUAACAGAAUCAUAGAUAAUACUUUAUAUACUUUAUAAAAUGCAUAAAUUAGUCAUAACCCUUAAAUGUAAUAAUUUUUAGGGUUACCAAUUUAUUUAAAAUCAGCCAAAGGGAUUAAUCAAACAAUAACAAUUUGUGCCAGUAGUUACAAAUACAAACCCUUUACCCUUUAAAGAUUGCCCUUCAUGAAAUUGGUACUCGUUUUGCACCAAUUUGCCCGUUUGUCUUGAAAAUGUAUUCUAUUUGUAGUCGAAACCUUACCUCAUUCCAGCAGUAUCCUGUAUCCUUGUCUGCACUGGAGUACGUUUAUGCAUGCAAAGUCAUGUAAUCCUCUGAAAACUAACUAAGCCAGUAACUACCACAAAUUAGCUCACUUUGGGGAAACACUGAGGAGGAAAGAAGGAUAAUGAUAAACUGGAUGUUGUUGGAGUUUUUCGGCUCAGGAAGAUGCCAGUACAGUAAUGCAACUUGAACAUGAGCCAAACUGCUGUGGAAGAAGAAGAAGAAGAAGCUGUGCUCCGGAGCUGCACUUGCAUUUGGAUUUAUAGUUUUACCACUUUUACUGCUUGUGUUUUAAAACUGGUGCCUUUUUCUCAUUGAGACUUUUCUUGUCUGGCUGGUGUAUUGUUGUUGUCUUACAUGUGGCUUUUGGAUCAGUACAUAUGAAUGUAUUUAAAAGAUAGCAAAUUUAAAGAACAUAUACUUUAUAUUAAUUUAAUAAUUUGUCUCGUGUAUCAUAUUUAAUAUUUAUCGUCAUCUGACAUAUGCAAUGUCCUUCCAGCUCAGCUAUUGUCCCUCAAGUGCCCAAGGUUCAGUCUGUCCCUACUUGUUGCCUGCAUGUCUGUCUUAUUGCUGUUGUUGUUGCACGAGUGUGAAGCAACCUGUAAUGUGUCUGGGAGAACCUGUGGAAACAAACCUUUGUGUUACAAGAAUAAA